AUGGGCGUCGAUGUUGGCAAAUCCCCAGUCAUCCCAUAUGUUUAUGUCAACUGCUCAGGAACAGUAAAAAACUACAAACCCAUCCAGGUGGUCUCAGCCUGUCACCUGGAGAUUUAUGCCUUUCCCUUUGACAAGCAGAACUGCACUCUGACCUUUCGCAGCUGGCUCCACUCAGUGAAUGAAGUGGAUUUAGCUCUGUGGAGGCCUGCUGAGGAAAUCGCCAAUGACACAAGAGAAUUCAUGAAUGACAGUGAAUGGGAGCUGCUGUCUGUCCCUUCUCACUACUGGACACAGAAUCUAGAGGAUAGAGACUACGCACAGAUUCAGUUUAAUGUGCUGAUCCGCAGGCGCCCCCUGCUGUACGUGGUAAGUCUGCUCAUCCCGAGCAUCUUCUUCAUGGUGGUGGAUGUCACCAGCUUCUAUCUGCCUCCGAACAGUGGCACUCGCAUCACUUUCAAGACUAGCAUUCUCCUGGGCUACACUGUAAUCAGAGUCAAUCUGAUGGAUGAAAUCCCUGCUACCGCUAUUAAAACACCCCUCAUUGGGGCCUUCUUUGCUGUCUGCAUGGCGUUGCUGGUGCUGAGUUUGGCAUUGUCCAUUUUUGUAGUGAAGCUUUUGCAUUACAGUGAGAAAGAAGUCAAGGAGAUAAUCUUCGAGAGGCGGGACCAGUUGUGUGGUGAAAUUGGAAAACACAUAGAGAGCAAACUCACAUGUGGCUACGAGUUUGAUCUCUCUCCAGAGCCAGACCUGUUCUCCCUGACAGAAGUCUCAAACAAUGACUCUCCACUGGAGAAGAUCCUGCAGGAGGUGGUGUCUCUCAGACUUUACCUUCAGGAGGAGGACAAUAAGGGCAGUUCACAGUCUUUCUGGGUGGAACUGUGCCUGAAAGUGGACAAGCUCCUCUUCAGCGUGUACCUGCUACUUGUGUUCAUCUAUGUCAUGACUCUGCUGCUGCUCUGGGGUGACUGGAGCUCUGCCUGA